AUGCAUGACAAGUUUCGAAUAGAACUCUCAAAUCCGGAACUGGAUUCACAUUUGCUAUACGAGUUCGUAUGCAUCGACUGUGCGUCCCCUGAUAACAAAAAUAAGACGAUCAAAGAAACUGCGAUCUAUCGUUGCCCUGCUAAUGGAUGUGAAAGUAAGUUGACAGAAGAACUCUUUUUAACGAACGCUUGCUGCACAGAAGCAACGAAGAAGCACAUCUUAGACAAUAUUCUCGCACGAAAGGAGAGUGCAAAAAGAGAGUUUGAUGAUGCGCUCGAAGUAGCUAGGGCGAAAAAGAGAAAGUACGAUGACUUCGUUGCCGCAGAGAAGAAAUGCAUCGAGUCUUUCAAAAAACCGGUGAACUUAGAGCUGAACGAUGAUGCGAUUGACCAACGAAUGAUCUGCUGUGUGUGUAGAGAACGUUACAAUGAUGUCACGAGAGAAAGAGGAAAUUUGAAAUUGCCGCCUGUCAGAAAAAAUGAACGGGCUCCAUUCCGAGCCCUCAGCUCGUAA